UCUUAUGCCCAUGUCUGGAACUGGAGUGGGAUCGGCCACAUUGAAAGAACACAGCCUGAGGGCAGGGAAGCUAUUGAGCCCCAGAGAGAUGUUAAAGUACUUUUCAUGAAAGAUCAUUGUCUGUUAAGAUCCCAUCGCAGAGAAGUUAAAGAGCUUCAGUCACCAUGCUUUCAGGGUCAAUUUGUCUCCGAAAAGGAACAGAUGGGGAAGAAUUAUUCCAUUCACAGUUGACUUGUCAGAAAUUCCAAGAUCUUGGACUGGCUGAAAGCAAUGAUGUUGCCAUUCAUCCUUUCACGUAUUCAUUAUGGUCUACAGCUGAGAAGGGCUAUUUGGGGUUUGCUUUGCCUGAUGGUAGCAGAAGAAAACCAGGAGGCCUCUCUACAAAAGUUUGCAGUAAGGAGAAAGUUCUGGAGACUGGGAAGAGCAACACAAAGAUAUUCAGUUGCUUGUUGAGAGCUGCUCUCUGCUUCCAAGGCGGCACCUUGUUGCUGCAUUCUCCAAUGGGAAGGAACGCUGGGUCCUCACAUGACAGAAGGUGGAAAGGCAGAGAUCUGGGAACCUGAUGUGGGAAGAAAUCUCAUCUGUGACCACCAUUUUGUCAGGAGUCACAGGAUUCUAUAGCUGCAGCAAACCUGGAGCAAACUGGUCCCCACCAAUCUGGGUGAGACAAACCAAUGAUGACUGAAAAUCACAAUAAAAUUGUAAUACUCAAGAUCUCAAA